AUGACUGAAUUGUCGAAAAGCGAGGGGAGUAGCGACGGAAAGGGAAAUGCAGUAUCCGAAUGGGCUGACACAGUACUCCACUUUGUCGUCGAUCUGAAGAAGAAGCCGCCGAUGACUCAGCUGGGAGUUGGCGCAGGAUUCGGCACGGUGACCGGCUACUUCGUCACCAAGGUGAGACCGGUUUCGUCGAAUCAGAAAUCAAAGUUGAAAUAUGAAGAUUCUGGAAAACCGGUUCAUCGGAAUUUAUUGCAGGGAGGACGUAUCGUGGCUGCCACUGUCGGAGUCUCGUUCCUUUUGGCUCAGUUCGCCAUUCACAAAGGAUACAUUACACUGAACGAAUCGAAGAUCGAAAGAGAUCUUAAAAAUUUGCAGAAAUCGGUCAUGAAGAAGUAUUCCAAGUUUCAGUAUCGAAUAAAAGAAUCGAAUCCGUUCAGAGUUUCCAGAAAGGCCAAUGCGAUAAACGUUCCGAACUCGUUCAUCAGCGAUUACCGCUGGAUUCUGGGCGGAUAUGCCGCUGGAAUGCUCAUCGGGUUCAGUAUUGCCUAA